ACAUCCACGUGCUCCUGUCCUUUUCAAAAUAUGAGAAAACAUAACCUCUUCAAAACCGCGUGUAUGAUCUGUCGUUGACAUCAAAGAGAAGAUAAAAUAGGAAAGUAAUAGAUCUUUAACCAGCAGUUAUGAAUGAUACAAAAUGUCGCGACUGAUAGUAAAAAAUUUACCGAAAACUAUUACAGAUAAGAAAUUGAGGGAACAUUUUAGUCAGAAAGGCCUAGUGACAGAUGUACAAUUAAAAUAUACAAAAGAUGGUAAAUUUAGGCGAUUUGCGUUUAUUGGAUUCAAGACAGAGGAACAGGCUCUUGCUGCCAAAGAAUACUUUGAUAAGACGUGCAUCGAUACUUGUAGAAUAACUAUUGAACAGUGUGCAAGUCUAGGGGAUUCUUCUAAACCCAGGGCGUGGAGUAAAUAUGCUCCUGACAGUUCAAAGAGUUUGGAAAAUGAUAAGAAUUCUAAAAAUGAAAGUUUAAGCGAAACAACAGAUGAAAGCAAAAAGGAGAAAAAGAAGAAGAAAGAUAAAAAUGUAGCAAGUGAAGUUAAAGAAGCAUUGGAAAAACAUAAGGAUGAUCCUCUAUUUGUGGAAUUCCUUGAAAGUCACACAUCAAACAAAGCAGUGUGGAAGAACGAUACAACAUUAAUAACCGAUGAAAAUGAAAAGCAGGAAGAUAAGGAAGAAGAAAGUGAUGAAGAUGAUAGCAAAGAAGAAGAAGAAAAAGAAGCAGAGGGGGAAAAGAAAAAGAUUGCAGAUAAAGCUUUAUCUGACUUACAGUAUAUGGAAGCUCUAAAGAAAAAAAAAAAGAGUACAGAAUCAAAAGAGGAAGGAACAAGUGAUGUUAAAAAAGCACCAAAACAUGGCCCUGUGGAAUUUUUUACUGUAAAACUUAGAGGACUGGCAUACAAUCAUAAAAAGAAAGAUAUAAAACAAUUUUUCCGUCCACUGAAAGCGAAAUCAAUUCGAGUACCACCAAAAAUCAAGGGAAUCGCCUACGUCGGUUUUAAAACCGAGCAGCAUCUGAAGAAAGCGUUGUUAAAAAAUAAAAGUUUCAUAGAUGGAAAACAGAUAUUUGUUACAAGGUACGAGAAGUCUGAACAAAUCAAUGAUGAAAAAAAUGAAAAUAAUGGCGACGUUAGAUGGAAAAAGCAGGAGGAGGCAUUGAAAGAUGAAGAAACCAUAGCAGAGUCUGGAAGAAUGUUCGUUCGAAAUUUGUCUUACACAACCACAGAGGAUGAUAUUCGAAAACUUUUUGAAAAAUAUGGUCCCUUAACUGAAGUGAACCUACCCAUAGACAAAGUAACCAGAAAACCAAAAGGAUUUGGCACAAUAACAUUUCUGAUGCCUGAACAUGCUGUGAAAGCCUACAGCGAAUUGGAUGGUUCAAUUUUAGAUGGCAGAAUGUUGCAUCUCCUUCCUGGAAAAGCAAAAUCCAGUCCCUUGGAAAACCUGGAUGAAAAAGACCUAACGUACAAACAGAAAAAGGAGUUGAAAGACAAGGCUACUGCUGGCUCAUCGCACAACUGGAACACCCUAUUUCUGGGUCAGAAUGCUGUAGCUGAUGCCAUAGCCUCCAUGUACAGCACAACAAAGGAGAAGGUGCUUGAAGAUGGGUCAAAGGGUUUGAGUGCAGCAGUGAAACUGGCUCUGGGAGAAACUCAGCUGGUUCAGGACACCAAGAACUUUUUGGAGGAGCAGGGUGUUUGUUUGGAUGCAUUCAACCAGGCACCAAGUAAACGAUCAAAGACAGUGUUGCUAGUGAAAAAUUUACCUGCUGCAACCACAGUUAGAGAAAUUCGACAACUGUUUGCACCUCAUGGGGAGUUAGGGAGAGUCGUGAUGCCACCAUCAGGAGUAACCGCUCUGGUGGAAUUUUUAGAGCCUUCAGAGGCGCGUAAAGCGUUCUCCAAAUUAGCAUACACUAAAUUCAAGCAUCUACCUCUUUAUCUGGAAUGGGCGCCAGACAAUAGCUUUACUGCCCCUGCGAAGGCCAGCGACGUUAAACCGGAACAGAAAACGGAGAAAAAGAUUGAACAGAAGAAUUUGAAGGUAGAAGAAUCCGCAGAAAAUGUGAAAGAUGAAAAUAAGGAAAAAGAAGAGAGCGAGGAGGAGGAGGAGUCUGAACCUGACACCACAUUGUUUGUGAAGAAUAUUAAUUUUGCGACUACGGAAGAGCAACUGCAUUCGUACUUCAGCAAAUGCGGUCCGCUUAGCUACGCCAGCAUAGCGACAAAGAAGGACGUAAAAAAUCCCGGCGGCAAAUUAUCAAUGGGCUACGGUUUCGUGCGCUACAAAAGAAAAGCUGACGCGGAUCGCGCGCUCAAGGUGUUGCAAAUGACCGUGCUAGAUGGGAAAACCUUGGAGCUGAAACGUUCCGAAAGAACGUUAACAACCGACGUGACGAAUGCGAAAAAGACGUCCAAAGUUACGGAGCAGACUGGCACGAAAAUCCUGAUACGAAACGUGCCGUUCCAGGCGAAUGUUCAUGAAAUAACCGAACUCUUCAAGGCGUUUGGGGAGCUGAAGGCGGUGAGGUUACCACGGAAAUUGGUUGGCGUUGAGAAACAUAGGGGAUUUGGAUUUGUGGAGUACUACACCAAGGGUGAGGCUAAGAAAGCGUUUAAGGCUCUUGGACAGAGUACCCACUUGUACGGUCGACGUCUGGUGUUAGAAUGGGCACAGACAGAGGAAGGAAUAGAAGAUAUCAGAAAAAGAACUGCAAAACACUUCCAUCAAGAGGAUUACUCUAAGAAGAGUAAGAAGGCUACCUUGAAUCCUGAAGAAGUCGGUUUAGAAGCGGAAUAAGCUCAUCAAAUUUUGUACAUAUGCGAAGAAUAAAGUGCGUAUUUGCAUCGAA